CGUGGCGCACCCAGCGGAAGUGGCCGUGUUGCGACGGAAGGAGAUGCUUUGUGGGAGCUGCCGGCGCUGAAGAAACGUGGCCGGCGAAGAUGAUUCAAGCGAUUCUGGUUUUCAACAACCACGGGAAGCCGCGGCUGGUCCGCUUCUACCAGCGUUUCCCAGAAGAAAUUCAACAGCAGAUUGUUCGAGAGACCUUCCAUCUAGUUCUCAAGCGAGAUGACAACAUCUGUAACUUCUUGGAAGGUGGAAGUUUGAUCGGUGGCUCUGACUACAAGCUGAUCUACCGGCACUAUGCCACACUCUACUUUGUGUUCUGUGUGGAUUCGUCAGAGAGCGAACUUGGAAUCUUGGACCUCAUCCAGGUUUUUGUGGAGACCCUGGAUAAGUGUUUUGAAAAUGUUUGUGAAUUGGAUUUGAUCUUCCAUAUGGAUAAGGUGCACUACAUCCUUCAGGAGGUGGUGAUGGGUGGGAUGGUGUUGGAAACCAACAUGAAUGAAAUCGUCGCUCAGAUCGAAGCUCAAAACAGGCUGGAGAAAUCCGAGGGUGGCCUUUCAGCAGCUCCUGCCCGGGCCGUGUCUGCUGUGAAAAACAUCAAUCUACCGGAGAUUCCUCGGAACAUCAACAUUGGUGAUCUCAACAUCAAAGUCCCCAACCUGUCCCAGUUUGUCUGAGGGUCCAUGGCUACUGAACUGUAGUCCUUGAAGCAAGCCAAGCCACUCCUGCCACAGAGCCCACUCUGAGCCUUAGAAGGGUCAGGCCCCGGGUCCUGCCCCCUGCUGCUGUUGGGGUGCUGGUGGAGUUGGGGGUGGAGGGUGUCCCAGGUUCAUGGCUAGCAUGGGCUUGGUUUUCACAUGUGACACCUGCCGGCCUGUGAUACAUGUGGCCACUGCAGAUGUGGGAGGACCCUGGCUUCCUCUGUGGGAUCCGUGUGCCCAAACCACUCAUACCUUUACUUCCCACAUGUAGCCAAUUCAAGGGACCAGGCACUGUCUGGGGGCCCAUCUGCUUCCUAGAACCCACCACUAGGACAUUCUCUGCCUAGAGUCUUCAUCCUUAGCACCGUCAGGCUUCGGAGAUCCUGUGGCAUUCACUCUUGCUGACGAGGUGCCGAAGCUAGAACAGGGCCAACCCCUCAGUUAGGGUAUGUGGUCAAUGGCAAACAAGGGCCGAGUUUGAUGAGAACCAGAAUUACCCCCUGGCUCUAUUAGGGUUUUCAUGCCCAGAAGCCUUUUUAUAGGCAAGUUUCCUGGUUCCCACCGCCUUCAGAAUAUGUUUCCCUCACUGCCACAGUCCUAGCUCUGUUCACAGAGGACGGAACCCAGAUCAUGAACCUGGUGCAUGCUAGUAGGGAGAGCACCCGCUUCCCCAUGGCCGUUUCUCCAGCACAGCCACAAGGCCCCUCACCAAAGUGGGGAGGCCCCAUGUCUGUGGAAGGCAAAGCUGACAAUGUGUAGAAUAUCUCAGAUUUAUGACUCUUUGCAGAUUUAAAUACAUUCUUCUCAUGAGGAACAGACAGAUCAGUUGCUGUGUUGUAAAUGAUGAGUCUCCAUACAGGAAGGCCACUGCCUUUUGCGCCUGCUUGUGGGGCAGGAGAGCCUGAGCUGGGAUCACUCGUUCUAGAACUGGCACGGGGAAGGCUGGGGCCACGGGGAGUGUGCUAGCUGAGCCUGGUGGGAGCGCAGCAUCUUCUCCCUCGUGUGGGAGGAGCCCCUCCCUGAUCUCUGCCUCUGGGCCCGCUCUGUGCCCCCCCAGGUGACAUCCUCCCAUGGAAAGGUGCACAUUUUCACGUGUGAUAAGUCUUUAUUUCUGUGGUUAACUUAGAGCUCAAACUGCACCUUAGAGUAAUGCCUCUUCUACACUGCCUCGGGGACCAGGACUCCGGACCUUUGGGAGCUCACUGCAUUGUCACGGCACAGUCUCCCAGCCUGGGGAUUUCUCGUGCCUGCUGGCGGGGGCCCAGACUGUUCGCCUGUCUCCUGCUGCUGCUGCUGCUGCAGAGCCCAUCUUAGAUGGCGCCCAUAGGAUUGCCAUGCUCUGUGCUUAGUGCCCGGUGUUCCCCGAAGCCUCUUCUUGUCACCCUUUCAGGCCUUACCUGACCGCCUCGGAGACGGGUGUGGUGAUCAGAAGGUUGGCCCUCUUCUGUCCGAAGGAGAUGGAGGUUAUCUGAUGUCACUGCUGAUGGCAUUCUUUGAAGGCUUAAUUUUUUUAAAUGGGCAUUUCAGGAUAUUCACAUCCCUCUCUCACAUUUGCUGAACGUGGAAUAAGAAAGGACGAAAAAGACUGGUGUUUACUUUACACAUACUGUAAGGCGGUGAGCAAGACCCUUCCACAGUCCUUACAAGAGACAUUAUUGGCUCCGUUUUGCAGGUGAAGAGAGUAAGACUCAGAUCAAGUAACCUGCUUUUGGUCACACAGGACUAAGAAUUGAGACUCUGCUUGCCUAAAUCCGAAGUCCAUUUUCUUCACUGUUCAAUGGCUUUUCCAGAUUUAAUCCUCUUUGUUAUACAUAAGGAAGCCGAGCCUGGUUUGCUCACAGGGCCAGUGACAGUGUCUUAGAGGGCAAGCACUGGAGACCCCUUAUGUGCUCUGUUGGGCUGAUGAGGGAACAGUAGACCAGAGUGUUAAGUGUUGUAUUGAGAGUCACAAAGCUAGAACCUAGUCAUUUUUUUGAGUUCCUUUCUUCGUUUUGUGGUUUCAUGUAUUACUUCAGGACAGUUGGAUGUCCUGCAUUUCCCGGGACAACCUUCCAAUGUUCUUAGCUGCCAGAGACCGUUGGUUUCUGCUCUGUUCCCACAAACUACUGACGGGUCGCAUAGACCCCCAGCAAGUCAGCACCCCAGUCCCCUCCCAGACAGCCUCUAAAAGUGGCCUAAAACUUCAGCCUGUUGUUUUAUUGGAAAGCUCCAUCCCUUUGGACAAACCACAGUAAUUGUUCAUUAAAUACUUGAGGUUGCCUGCAAAUCCAGCUAGACCUAGUGCCUGCUACCAGCAAAACCAUAAAUUUCUUUUUUUUUUUUUUAAUUAAAAGGAAAUUGUAUGCUUUUUUUGAAGAAGGAUACAGAUUCUGCUGCUUGAGAGAUGUGAGUUUUUGAAAAUAGGGUCUGGGUCUAAAUUUGGGAGUUCCUGGCCCUGCACAGUUUACACGGAGGGUUUCCUGAAGUACUGGGUUUCCAGUGCUCACUGCCCCUAAUUAAAAUCUGAAAUUCUUCUGUGA